AUGUGGAACCGGAUGCGUCGGUGUCUCCGCAAGAACCAGGGCUGCGUGGAGGACCAGGGCUGUGUGGAGGACCAGGGCUGUGUGGAGGACCAGGGCUGUGUGGAGGACCAGGGCUGUGUGGAGGACCAGGGCUGUGUGGAGGACCAGGGCUGUGUGGAGGACCAGGGCUACGUGGAGGACCAGGGCUGUGUGGAGGACCAGGGCUGUGUGGAGGACCAGGGCUGCGUGGAGGACCAGAGCUGCGGGGAGGACCAGGGCUGCGUGGAGGACCAGGGCUGUGUGGAGGACCAGGGCUGUGUGGAGGACCAGGGCUGUGUGGAGGACCAGGGCUGUGUGGAGGACCAGGGCUGUGUGGAGGACCAGGGCUGUGUGGAGGACCAGGGCUACGUGGAGGACCAGGGCUGUGUGGAGGACCAGGGCUGUGUGGAGGACCAGGGCUGCGUGGAGGACCAGAGCUGCGGGGAGGACCAGGGCUGCGUGGAGGACCAGGGCUGUGUGGAGGACCAGGGCUACGUGGAGGACCAGGGCUGUGUGGAGGACCAGGGCUGCGUGGAGGACCAGGGCUGUGUGGAGGACCAAGGCUGCGUGGAGGACCAGGGCUGCGUGGAGGACCAGAGCUGCGUGGAGGACCAGGGCUGUGUGGAGGACCAGGGCUACGUGGAGGACCAGGGCUGCGUGGAGGACCAGGGCUGUGUGGAGGACCAGGGCUACGUGGAGGACCAGGGCUGCGUGGAGGACCAGAGCUGCGUGGAGGACCAGGGCUGCGUGGAGGACCAGGGCUGCGUGGAGGACCAGGGCUACGUGGAGGACCAGGGCUGCGUGGAGGACCAGGGCUACGUGGAGGACCAGGGCUGCGUGGAGGACCAGGGCUGUGUGGAGGACCAGGGCUACGUGGAGGACCAGGGCUGCGUGGAGGACCAGGGCUACGUGGAGGACCAGGGCUGUGUGGAGGACCAGGGCUGUGUGGAGGACCAGGGCUGCGUGGAGGACCAGGGCUGUGUGGAGGACCAGGGCUACGUGGAGGACCAGGGCUGCGUGGAGGACCAGGGCUGCGUGGAGGACCAGGGCUGCGUGGAGGACCAGGGCUGCGUGGAGGACCAGGGCUGCGUGGAGGACCAGGGCUGCUUGGAGGACCAGGGCUGUGUGGAGGACCAGGGCUAUGUGGAGGACCAGGGCUACGUGGAGGACCAGGGCUACGUGGAGGACCAGGGCUGCGUGGAGGACCAGGGCUGUGUGGAGGACCAGGGCUACGUGGAGGACCAGGGCUGUGUGGAGGACCAGGGCUGCGUGGAGGACCAGGGCUGCGUGGAGGACCAGGGCUGUGUGGAGGACCAGGGCUGCGUGGAGGACCAGGGCUGCGGCUGCGUGGAGGACCAGGGCUACGUGGAGGACCAGGGAUGCGUGGAGGACCAGGGCUGCGUGGAGGACCAGGGCUACGGGGAAGACCAGGGCUGCGUGGAGGACCAGGGCUGCGUGGAGGACCAGGGCUGCGUGAAGGACCAGGGCUGCGUGGAGGACCUGGGCUGCGUGGAGGACCAGGGCUGCGUGGAGGACCAGGGCUGCGUGGAGGACCAGGGCUGCGUGGAGGACCAGGGCUGCGUGGAGGAGCAGGGCUACGGGGAGAAUCAGGGCUGCGUGGAGGACCAGGGCUACGUGGAGGACCAGGGCUGCGUGGAGGACCAGAGCUGCGUGGAGGACCAGGGCUGCGUGGAGGACCAGGGCUGCGUGGAGAACCAGGGCUGCGUGGAGGACCAGGGCUGUGUGGAGGACCAGGGCUGCGUGGAGGACCAGGGCUGUGUGGAGGACCAGGGCUACGUGGAGGACCAGGGCUGCGUGGAGGACCAGGGCUGCGUGGAUGACCAGGGCUGUGUGGAGGACCAGGGCUACGUGGAGGACCAGGGCUGUGUGGAGGACCAGGGCUGUGUGGAGGACCAGGGCUACGUGGAGGACCAGGGCUGCGUGGAGAACCAGGGCUUGUGGGGACUGGCCUUCGGGUCAUUCUCAUUCCAAACAUUGCCACUACUCAAAUAUUUGAUCCGGACUUUCUCACGGGGCUCGAGUGGGUUGGAGACACUUUAUGUGGGUUGA